AUGGAUACAAGAAAGAUUCCGGUUUUCUGUUAUUGGAAUGGGUGUAUUAAAGAGGUUCUGAUGGUCCCUUCUACAAAGGGUCAAGUCCAAGGGUGGUCAGAGUUGAUAGCAAAAGUAAAUUUUCUCAAUUUGCUGGAUGAUCUGCAUCGAGUUACUGGAUUCGAAAAGGGGAAGUUUCUGACUGAUCUGAUUGGUAGUUUGGAGACCAUGCUAGAGGUUCCAAGCUACCAUCCUUGUAUCAACAAUGUGGAGAUCUAUUUGGAGAUCUUCUCUAGUUCAUGGCUUGAUGAACGCGAGUUGCAUGUUGGGAUGCUUUUUAGAGAUGAAGAUAAGUCGGAGAAAGCAGUGAAGUUGUACUCUUGUAGAAGGCAACGAAUGUGCUCCACACGGCAACGUUGGUUUUCAUGGGCUUCCUGCAAAGCAAGUAGUUGUGAAUGGAGUCUCAGUGCAGAUAAAACAAAGGAGAAUGACUUUUUGAUAACAGAAUAUAGAGGUCCUCAUACUUGUGAGCCAGUAGAUGUGGCCUCAGAUUUUCUGGCAGGUGAAAUUAAAUGUCUAAUCAAGGCUCAGCCCUCGUUGUCAAUUGCAGAGCUAAGCAAGUUGGUAAAAGAAGAAUUUGACUACACAGUCUCACAUUCUAGUAUGUGGGAUGCCAAAAAGAAAGUGAUUAUUGCAAUCUCGGGAGAUUUGGACAAUAGUUUUAGCAUAUUGCCCAAGUUCAUGGCUGCCCAGUCAGUUGAAGGGUUUCCUCACUGCAGACCUCUCAUUCUAGUGGAUACGGUAGACUUGAACGGUAAAUACCCUGGAAAAUUACUGGUUGCAACAGGAUUAGAUGCCGAAAACGCCCUUUUCCCACUUGCGUUUGCGAUUAUUACCCAGGAAAGUUUGUCAGCUGAUACUUGGCGUUGGUUCUUUGCGUGCAUCAGAAAGAAAGUAACACAAAGGGAAGGCCUUUGUUUAAUAACAAGUCUGAAUCCUGACAUUGUGGCAGUUGUUAAGGAACCCGAGUGUCAGUGGGUGACACACCGGUUCUGUCUUAGGCAUCUGUGCAUAAAGUUUUAUGAUGUUUUCAAUAACAAUCUCCUGACAGAGUUUUUUUGCAAGGCUGGAUCCACAAGCUACAUAUCAAGUUUCAAUUACUACUUGAAGAAAAUCAAAGAGAUGAAUCCAGAGGCUCGGAAAUGGUUGGACCAAAUACCUCCACACCAAUGGGCUCUGGCUCAUGAUGAUGAAGGGCUGAGAUUCGGAAUCACGGAUACAAACUUAAUAUUUACAACUUAUGGUUUUGUAAACAAUGUCCAUGAUCUUCCAAUCACGACUUGCGUCUUGCUAAUCUUUGAGCACUUGCUAGAGCUUUUCAAAUCUCGACAUGGUCUUCUCGGUGAAUCACUAAGCAGAGAAGUCUACGCUAAACAUGUCGUGAAGAAGCUUGAAGAGUACAAAGUAACCUCUAGAACAUACGAUGUAUUGCCAUUAGACCAGACCAGAGAGAGGUUUCAGGUUACAGAAGUGUUAAGAAUUGGAAAUAAGAAAUCUUUUGUUCAUUGCAGCGAUCGGGUUUGUACAUGUGGGAUAUGGCAACAUUACAAGUAUCCAUGUCCACACAUGAUAGCGGUUUGCAGGAGGCUGAACAUUGACCAUAUGCAGUAUGUGAAUGACUUCUACAAUGCAAAAAGCUUUCUUGGAGUUUAUGCAUCUGAUUUCAACCCGCUUCCUAAAGUCACCGAUUGGCCAGAAGCUUCUGAUGUUCCAAGACUGUUUCCUCCUGGAAGUCGUCCUAUACAUCAGUGCCCAGUUAAUGACAACACAGCCACCGUGUAA